AUGUCUGCACCACAACCAUCAGGCUCGUCGUCGUCGCCGGCAGCGACGACAAGCUCUUCAAGCGCACCGUCGACGUUCGAGUUCACGAAACGGAAACGAUGGGCGGACUUGCUCAUCAACGAGCUUGCUGACGCUAUCAUUCUUGUUUUGUCAUCAUCCUGUACGAUCCUGUUCUCUGGUGCCGCUGUGACUGAAAUUCUCGGCUGGCGAGAUGUGGACUUGGUGGACAAGGACUUCAUGGACCUGGUCGCAUGCGAGUCGUCUCUCAAGGACAACGACCAAACGAACUUCCAGAAUAGCUUCCACGAGUCGUUGAGGACGAGCGAAGACUUGUUGUCCUAUACACAUCUGAAGUGCAAGACCUCGCAUUCGGCAACGGUACCUCGGGAGAUCCUCUUCGAAAUCAAGGGAUAUCCGCAUUAUGUGGGGGAUGAACAGACGUGCCGAUGCUUCUUUGCGACAGCGAAGCCGUAUCCAAGUCGAAAUGCAGCAAUGCUAAACACAUUCUUGGAUUUGAAGACGGAGAAUGAACGGCUGCAACAAAGGUUGGCCCACCUGCGUGCUACUGUGCCGGUUGCUACCAAUGUCGACAUCGGUGCAACAAAUGCAAUGUUAUACUCCAAUCCAUUAAUUCAUCCAACGCGAUCAUUGUCUUCCAUUCCGUCACUUCUACCCUCCUACAAUCAGCCUUCAGGGCCCGGGUACUAUGUCCCUCCAAACAUGGGCCAGAAUAGUUUUGGGGCCCUGGUGCCCACUGAUGGCGGCGAGGACGACUCGGAAGAUGCUCUCCGUAAGAAACGGCUGAAGAAGAGCCAUACCUCGGAGCAGUAUGUGUGUAUCACAUGCGGACGAACUGAUUCUCCCGAAUGGCGAAAGGGCCCUCAAGGUCCCAAAACUCUCUGCAAUGCUUGUGGACUUCGCUGGGCAAAGCAGAUUCGCAGAACCGACGAAUCAAAUAACGACGCCGCUGCCAGUGCUGCACCUGAGAGGUCCUGA